UUGAGUGGUUUUCAGAGGGUUUUGCAUUUUGGUGAUCAGAGAGAGAGAGGUUUUUUUUUUUAAGAGAGAGAAAAAAUGGGUAUUGUUUAAAACAAAGAAUUAAUCGAUUUUUUUUUUCUGGGAAAAUAUGGGAUAGAAAAUGAUGGAAAGUUUUUUAGUGAUGGGAAGAAAAUUCUGAUUUAUUUUUUUAUUUUUUUUUAUUUGUUGAAUUCUCCGACAAUUCGCCGAUCUUACAUUCGCCGGAAAAUUCUUAACAGUUUCGCCGGAAUUUCAGUUUUCUACGGAAAAAGUUUCGAACUUUGCAAGAAGAAUUGUUGUGUGGAGGGUCUUAUCUCUUGAUUCUGUGAGCUUGGACGACUGGUGAAGUGCACAUUUGUUGAAAAUGGAUCCAAGAUUGCUGGUACUUUACGUUUGAUAUAUCCUUCUUUGUUAUGAUUUCUGAGAUAUGGUGUUAGAGAAGAGGUUAGACUAUGGAUUCAUUGGCUAUCAGGUGCCUCCCAUGCCUCGAGCCACCAGAUCAGCGAGGAAGAGGGGAACGUUUAGAAAGAGAACUGAAGACAAUCAAAUGUGUGCAUUUGACUUACUGGCCACCGUAGCUGGUAAUAUGUUUGAGAAAGAGAGUUCGCCAACGUCUAGUAAUACAUCAAAUGAAAAAAAUCGGUGUGCGAUUGUUCAAAAAGCAUGGGAGAAUGAAGAUAAACCAGUGAAAAUUGAACCUUCUUUUCAAGAAAGUAGUGAUAAGAGAGUUUUAGUCUCUGAGCUUGUCCAUCAAGCUGGUGAUCAAAACUUUAGUUACAGGGAAUCCCCACCUCCUCAGAAUGAUGUCCAUUCAGGAUUAGCUUCUGUAGUAACAACUGAUUGCUCAGAGAUCUUUGUUGCGGAGAAGUUGGUGAAUGGAGAAAACAAUAAUGAAAUGGGAAGUUUUACUAGUAAUGUAGAUUUAGGCUUCUCUGGCUAUAGGGAUUCUGGUAAUUGUAAAUUAGAUUGUGAAAAUAAAUUAGUUAUAAAAGAUGACCUGCACAAGACUGGGAAGGUACCUAUUGGUGUUGGGGCUGAUAUGUGCAGUUUGGAGGAUCCAGUGGUUUGUGAUGGGAGACCUCCAGCACUAGUCAGUUCUGAUAGCAGUGUCAAGGUACCUUUGUGUGGGGACCACAUUCCCUGUAGCUCUUUUCCCGCAAUUCGGGAUGAUGUAAAAAUAGUUAGUAGAGAUGAUGACGAAAAUUCCUCUGGGUGCACUCACCCUAGCACCAUAGCAAAGUCCAUUAGGCCGGUAUCACGCAUUGCAGACCGAAGAAUAAGGAAGAUUUUGGCUUCAAAGUAUUGGAAGGUAUCUUCGAAAUUGAAGGAAGAGACGCUCUCUAAUGUUGAUGGGGAUUUGAAGCUCAUUUGCCGCAAUAGGAAGGGCUAUUAUAAACGCCAAAGAUCUCAAAUGAAUAUUCCUUUUAAAAAGAGGAAAAUUUUUCAGCGUAGCUCAGUUUUGAAUUCUGAUCGAUGGAUUAGCUAUGAGCGCAAUUCUCAUUCAACUGAGAAGGGCAUCAAUGGAGAUGAUUUAGGUUCAUGUCUGAAGAUGCAUGGAGCAUCUGGGACAUCAUCCUCAGUAGUAGGUCAACAUACUUCAAUUCAAUCUAGGGAUUCUUAUGUGAAGCUUAGGAUAAAGUCUUUCAGGGUGCCGGAGCUUCUUAUUGAGAUGUCAGAAACUGCAACUGUUGGGUCUUUGAAGAGGGCUGUUAUGGAGGCAGUGACUUCCAUACUUGGAGGUGGAUUACGUGUUGGUGUACUUCUUCAGGGAAAGAAGGUUAGAGAUGACAAUAAAACUCUACAGCAGACAGGAAUUGCUCAUGAUUACCCUCUGGAUGCUUUGGGUUUUACCCUGGAGCCUAACCCUGCACAAAAUCCCCCACCUUUAUGCCCCAGAGAUUCUUCCUGCAUGCUUCCUUGUGACGCGCCUCAGCCUUUAACAAGGUAUCCACUUGAUUCAACUGUAGUUCAUCAGGGCGAUUCUCAUGCCUCUCCUGAACCUCAUGCAGCCAAUUUAGGCACCUUCAUUGAAAGUGAUCAUGAUUCAGCACCUUCUCCUACUGACACAUCAGUUGACAAAAGUACCACAGAUUCUAAAGCUCUGGUUGCUGUAUCAGCAAUGGAUGUGGAUACAUUAGCUGUGGUUCCAGUUCACCGGAAAUUGAAGCGUUCUGAAAUGGCACAGCGUCGAAUCCGUAGACCAUUUUCUGUCACUGAAGUGGAAGCACUGGUUCAAGCGGUUGAGAAACUUGGAACUGGAAGGUGGCGCGAUGUUAAAUUACGAGCUUUUGAUAAUGCAAAACAUCGAACUUACGUGGAUUUGAAGGAUAAGUGGAAAACUUUGGUGCACACGGCAAGAAUAUCCCCUCAGCAAAGGAGGGGAGAGCCUGUUCCCCAAGAGCUCUUGGAUAGGGUCCUAUGUGCCCAUGCUUACUGGUCCCAACAGCAAGCAAAACAACAGCUCAAACCGCAGCCAGAGACUUGCCUUCUCCUCUGAAGAAUGAGAUGGGUUUAGAAGAGAGGGAUGUCUGUCUAGGUGACUCUAAUUGUUCAUUUCUGUAAAAUUUGUUAUGAUGUUGUAAAAAGUAAUGAGAAAAAAGAAAAAUAGAAGUAUGAAGAAGAAGAAGUAUAUUGUAAUAUUGUAGUUGCUCUAGCCAUGGUUCUUUCCCUGUGUGGAGAGAGGCCUUGCACUCGUAAAUAGUUCAAAGAAUAAGUGCUUGCUAACCCGAAUUCAUUCCAUGCAAAGAUGAUGUUAUUUUCUUAUCUUUGCAUUUUCUUUUUUUUUUAGCUGUUCAUAAUUUAAUUGUUAGCGCUUGUAUAUUGUUACCAUUUAUUGUUCGGAUUAGUUAAAUGUUGAAUACUAUUUUAAUGGUGCAUUUUCUUUUUCUGUAUUAAA